AGAGUGGCUGGGCCCUCCUACAGCCAAUAGCCUCCCAGCCCCGUUCUCCGUGGUGAUGCUUUACCAACAGGCACAUUCACCAUCAUAGUUCAUGCGCCACCGCUACUCCAUUUUGCGGUUGUAGCCGCUCUGCAAGUGUCAGCAAUCUCCCCAUAAUUUUAAGAGUUGAUUCAACUUCCAUCGAAAAUAUUCCGUCGGUUAAUUCUGUGUUUUGGGAAUAUCGUGUUAUGAAUUCUUCACCUUCUCUGAAGUCAGUGCAUCGGUGUUGAGACUGUUUGAAGACCCUUUGUGGAGUCAGUCAAGCAGGAAGUCGAGCUCGUGAGGUUAUGUUUACAGUUGUUGGAACGAGUUGUACAUGAACAUCUUGGAGUUAGUGGAACAAUCACGAACAGUUGUGUCAGUAGUGAAGCAGUUAUUUUAGUUAUAAUUAUUCAUCGAUAAGAAAUUGGAUAACAACAACGUUUCGCAAGGGGGUUCCAUCGUUAUUUGGACGGUUUCGGGCUUUUUAUGGAGUGAGUGGGGCAGAAGUUGGACAUUGUGGGGUUAUGUUUACAACUGUUGCCGUCAUUUGUGUUUGAAUGCUCUGGAUCUAGUGUGGAAUCACGAAUUGCGUUGCUUAUAAAUAUUCAUCGGCAGAACAUUUGCUAAGGGCACAAUGGAGCCGGAGUACGAUGAGGAGAGAGGAGGCUGGGGUGAUGAUAUGGGGCGCGGAGACGAUCCGGGAGGUGAGGAUCCCCUGGACAAUCCCCAGGAGGUUCUAAAUCAGUGCCUGGAGAAGUUCAAAACGCCGGAUUACAUCAUGGAACCGGGGAUAUUCACUCAGCUCAAGAGAUAUUUCCAGGCAGGAGGCAACCCAGAGACCGUAAUUGAGCUCCUCUCCAAGAACUACACAGCCUGCGCCCAGAUGGCGAAUCUCCUCGCAGAGUGGCUGAUCCUGGCGGGUGUGAAAGUGACAGACGUUCAAGCAAUGGUAGAAAACAACCUGAAGGACAUGAUCCUGAAGACCUUCGACCCCAAGAAAGCGGACAAAAUCUUCACCGAGGAAGGAGAGACCCCGGCCUGGUUGACAGAGAUGAUUCAGCACCCAACCUGGCGCUCUCUGAUCUACCGGCUAGCUGAGGAGUACCCAGAUUGUCUCAUGUUGAACUUCACCAUAAAGCUCAUCUCAGACGCAGGAUUCCAGGGCGAGAUAACCAGUAUCUCAACAGCAGCCCAGCAGAUCGAGGUUUUCUCGCGAGUACUGAAGACUGCAAUUGCUGGAUUUCUCCAGAACACCGAGGACUGGCAGACGAGUAUAAAGGAAUGCGCCAAGAUGGUGUGCCAUGGACAACAUACUUAUGUGUACAGUCAGGUGUUGCUGCAGAUACUGGCGCAGGAGACGAGAGGCGGAUUCAUGAUGAAGAGACUCUCCCAAGAGAUAACAAAAUGUGCUCAGCAGAACAGACACGACGUAACACCAAUCACAAUGGCGCUGAAUGGAGCGGCCAGCAGUCCGGCAGCUUGCCAGGCCCUGGCAUCAAUGUUAUCAAGAAAUACCCUGAACCCAGCAGACAUUAGUGUCCUCUACAGACACUACUCCUUAGCAGAACCACCCCCAAUAGAACUCGUGAGGAAUCCCCAGUUCCUGGAGCUCCUCGUAGACUCACUCUUCAAAUCUGGAGUUAAACUCAAUCCCGAGCACAAGUCGAAGUACAUUUACCUUUUGGCUUACGCUGCCAGUGUAUGCGAAACUCUCCCCAGGAAGGGAAACACUAGAAAAGUGAAUAAAGACGAGUUGAAGACGACUAUUCAAGCUAUCGAGAAGGUCCACAAUAUCUGCAAUAUCAAUAAGGGCUCUACUGAACUGGUGGCUGAGCUUAACACACUUUAUCAGUCCAUUCGGUUCCCAGUGGUGUCUGUGGGAAUCAUCAGGUGGGUUGAGUGCACUGUCACCGAACCUUCGUACUUCAAACUAAGCACUGAACACUGCCCUAUUCAUCUGGCACUGCUGGACGAAGUCGUUGCUUGCCACAAUUUACUGCACCCCAAAGUUCUCCAGUUACUGGUGCAGCUCUUUGAGAGCAAACAGGAUGAACUGGAGAUCCUAGUGCAGCUGGAGAUGAAGAAAAUGUUGAUUGACAGGAUGGUGAACCUGUUGAGUCGAGGAUGCGUUGUGCCAGUUGUGUGUUACAUUAAACAGUGCUGGCAGCGGGGAGACACGGAUAUUUCUUUGAUUAGAUAUUUUGUCACUGAGGUACUUGAAGCAAUAGCCCCUCCGUACAGCGUGGAAUUCGUACAUCUAUUUCUUCCAAUGGUUGAGAACGAGGAAAUCACUGGUACAAUGAGAGGAGACAGUGAUAAUGAUCUUGUUUCUGAAUUCAUCAUUCACUGCAAAGCCCAUUGUCCUGUCGUGAGAUGACGAUUUAAGGAUUGAAUUUUCGUGGUGUUCUUGAUGGAGAGUAAUUCUACGAUGUGCAGGUGGUGGUAAAUUACGUGGCCUCUGAAACAUACGAUCAUUUCGCGUAAGAAAAUACUUAUUGGAUAUAAAUAUGAUAAUCACACAUUUUUAAACAGUCGUUAUUUUUCAAAAUUCACUGUGACGAAAAUCGUGAGUUAUUGAUUAUUAUUAUUAGUUCAACACUCUCAAGACGGGGGAGUUAGGGUUAUUAUCAGAGUUGCAGGGAUAGCAAUACGUUUCAGAGGGCAAAUCGGGGACUCUUUAGACUUACAAUCGUCGAUUGAUAGCUUUAAGACCUCUCAGCUGUAAAUAAUUAGAAUAGUGAGGUAGUGGAUAGACAAAUUAUUUAAGAAUUAUCGUAAUUAUUUUGUAAGGCUGGUAAUCCAAUAAAAUACGAGAAGCAAA